AUGAUGGAAGAAGUCUCCAUAAUGGUGGCUUACGAUGCCCAUGUUUUUAGCCAGCUCUACGAUGAAGACUUUCUGGCCAAUCUGGUGGCAGUCAGCAAACCCAAAUCUGUGGUGCCAACAAAAAAACUGAAGAAAUAUGAGAGAGAGUACCAAACAAUGCGAGAGAGUCAGCUGCAGCAGGAAGAUCCUAUGGACAGAUACAAGAGGGAGAACCGCAGGCUCCAAGAAGCAAGCAUGCGGCUGGAGCAGGAGAACGAUGACCUUGCCCAUGAGCUUGUAACAAGCAAAAUUGCCUUACGGAACGACCUGGACCAGGCUGAAGACAAAGCGGAUGUUUUGAACAAGGAACUUCUCCUGACCAAACAGAAGCUAGUGGACACUGAGGAAGAGAAGCGGAAGCAGGAGGAGGAAACUGCUCAGCUGAAGGAAGUCUUCAGGAAGCAGCUAGAGAAGGCAGAAUCUGAGAUUAAGAAGACCACAGCCAUUAUUGCCGAGUAUAAACAGAUUUGUUCCCAGCUGAGUACCAGGCUGGAAAAACAACAAGCGGCUAGUAAAGAUGAACUGGAAGUUGUGAAGGGUAAAGUGAUGGCCUGCAAACACUGCAGUGAGAUUUUCAGUAAGGAGGGGGCACUGAAGCUGCCUGCUGUCAGCACGGAGAAUAAAGGCAUAGAAACAGAUGAUGAGAAGGACGCACUGAAGAAGCAGCUGAGAGAGAUGGAGCUGGAACUCGCACAGACCAAACUGCAGCUUGUGGAAGCCAAGUGCAAAAUCCAGGAGCUGGAACACCAGAGAGGAGCCCUUAUGAAUGAAAUCCAAGCUGCCAAAAACUCUUGGUUUAGCAAAACCCUGAACUCUAUCAAAACGGCCACAGGCACGCAGCCAGCGCAGCAGCCCCCGCCGCCCCUGCCGCCCCGUGAGGGCAGUACAUAGUUCCAGCCAGACCCACUACCAGAGCACAAAGAACAACACAGCUGAAACCCUGGAGGAUUCUUCCAGUGGUCUCUCCUCUUGGGGAAAAGGACAAAAGGCAGGAGUGCAGGCUUGAAGUGAAAUUCUUCGGUGUUUUUCAUUCAUUCUGAUGUGACCCUUUUCAAAGGAAGGGAGGGGGGAAAAUAAUUCCUGUUUUCUGUUGAAUUCUUACUUCCCAAACUGCCUUGCUGAAAGCCACGUUCUGAUACCUUCAUACUUUUACACUUUAUUUUAUAUGACUAGAUGUUAAAUAAAUACUUCAAAACUAGGUCUUUAAUACAUGACUAAUUAUUUUUAUCUUGCAUAGAAGGUUUUUUUUUCUUCUUCUGGAGGAAGAGAGAUAAUGGAAGCUGUAAAGUCCUGAAGCAUCAUCUCUUUGUAGAAAGCACAGUGUCAUAAGUAGUAGCGUGUGUGCGGGUGUCUAGGAUCACUUCUGCCCUGGGACCAUCUCAGAAGUUUAUCGCA